AUGAAUUUCGACGAUGAAGAAAAGCAAAAAUUAAUAGAAGAAGUCCAUGCCUUAGUUACUGUGAGAGACGCCAAGCAUACAAACUUUGUUGAGUUUCGCAACUUUAAAAUUGUUUAUCGACGUUAUGCUGGAUUGUAUUUUUGCAUGUGUAUAGACCUCAUGGAUAAUAGUCUUGCGUACUUGGAAGCUAUUCAUAACUUUGUUGAGGUUUUGAAUGAGCUAUUUCACAAUGUUUGUGAACUAGAUCUUGUCUUCAACUUCUACAAAGUUUAUAGUGUCGUCGAUGAAAUGUUCCUGGCUGGAGAAAUUCGUGAAACAAGCCAAACAAAAGUUCUAAAGCAGACAUCAAAGUACGUCAAUGAUGCUUCAUCGGAAACGUCAGCAGAAUCACCACCGCAAACACCUGCUGCACCUCGACGCCAUCCUACACCUCCACCCCAUGCUCCAAAACGACCACCACUACCACCAAUUUGUUUCCGAGUUCCACUACCGCCUUUUCCACAACCUCCACCACCACCACCAUUCUUUCUAUCGCCUUUAUCCACGCGUUCCAACGAUCAAGCCACACCAGCGCCUGAGUUACCGAUGCCAUACAACAUGAAACCAAAGGAGACAUUCUCGACUGCAUUCAGAUUGAAGAAGGCUUGCGUAUCUCUGCAUGCACAAGAUGAUGUGAAUGUGGACUUGACAAGGAGAUUUGGAACUGUGAAAGUGCGUGACGUGCCUGUCGAACCUAUCAGUCGAAUGAGCCUAUUGAAGAAUAGAAAUAGAAGUGUUCAGAUGUCAGUGAGAGGUGGUAAUACCAGAUUCUCCGAGAUUUUCGAAUACGAUGAGUCAUCAUUCACUUCACAAGGAUCAUCUCCAACCUAUGCUUCGGAAUGUGAACCAGUGUCAAGUCGAAUAAGCUGA